AUGGAUUUCAAAUCGGCUGCCCAGCAUGUCGAGACACCCGACGACAAGUCGCCAAUGGACGUCGAUCCUGGUACAUUGGUCCAGGAGGCCCAGAUCGCCACCGACAAAGAACACCGCAUGUCACUGUGGCAGGCUUUGAAGCUGUACCCGAAGGCAAUUGGAUGGUCUGUUCUGAUCUCGACAGCAAUUGUGAUGGAGGGUUACGACGUCGUGCUCAUGGGAUCGUUCUACGGUUUCCCCGCCUUCAACCAAAAAUAUGGACACACACUUUCAGAUGGCUCCCAAGGGCUCUCGGCAGCAUGGCAAGCAGGAUUAUCCAAUGCUAUGAAUUGUGGUCAGAUCCUGGGAUUGUUUGCCAACGGUAUCGUCUCCGAACGAUUUGGGUACCGCAAGACCAUGUUGGGAUCUCUCAUUGCCACAAUGGCCUUCAUCUUCAUUCUAUUCUUUGCCCCCAAUGUUGAGACGCUGCUGGUCGGUGAGAUCCUAAUGGGUAUCCCUCUGGGAGUCUACCAGACCCUGUCUGUCACUUAUGCGUCCGAAGUCUGCCCUGUCGCCCUACGUGCCUACCUCACAACUUACGUCAACCUCUGCUGGGUAAUGGGGCAGUUGAUUGCCUCGGGCGUCUUGAAGGGUCUGGAGUCUCGAAAUGACGAAUGGGCUUACCGCAUUCCAUUUGCCAUCCAGUGGAUUUGGCCCGUUCCGAUCUUCAUUGGCGUUCUGAUGGCUCCAGAGAGCCCCUGGUGGCUCGUCCGGAAGGGCCGACUACAGGAGGCCGUCAAAUCUCUUACAAGGUUAACGUCUAGAGGAAACACCGACUUCAAUGCGGAGGAGACUGUAGCCAUGAUCAUCCAUACCAACGAGGUCGAGAAACAGCUGAAUGAAGGUACCAGCUACUUCGAUUGUUUCCGCGGUACCAAUCUCCGCCGGACCGAGAUCUCAUGUUUGAUCUGGGCAGCACAGAAUCUCUGCGGAGCCGGUCUGAUGGCAUACUCGACUGUUUUCUACCAGCGAGCCGGAUUGCCCGUCUCUCAGUCAUUCAACAUGUCCUUGGCUCAAUACGCAAUCGGUUUCUUUGGCACUCUCUUCUCCUGGGUUCUCAUGUCCUAUCUUGGUCGACGAACUUUGUAUGUCUACAGUCUGGCUGUUCUUUGCGUCAUCCUCUUUGUAAUCGGAUUUAUCGCGAUUGCCCCUUCAACGUCGGCUACCUCCUGGGCGACCGGCUCCAUGCUCUUGGUCUACACCUUCAUUUAUGAUUCCUCGGCCGGGCCUGUUUGCUAUUCACUCGUGUCCGAAAUUCCUACAAUCCGGCUUCGCAUCAAGACCGUGGUUCUCGCCCGCAAUCUGUACAACUGCUUCAGCAUCUUCAACGGGGUGGUGAUCCCGUAUAUGCUGAAUGUGGAUGGCUGGAACUGGAGAGGAAAGGCCGGCUUCUUCUGGGGUGGAUUAUGCCUUGCCUCCUUCAUCUGGUCGUUCUUCCGCCUACCAGAACCCAAGGGUCGUACUUAUGCCGAGAUGGACGCUUUGUUCGAACAAAAGGUCUCCGCCCGCAAGUUCGCGUCUACCAAGGUCAACCUUUUCCACGAGGAAGAGACCAAGGAAGGCAUCGAGACAAAGGAAGAGAAGGAAGUCAUCGAGACAAAGGAAGAUAAAUGA